AACAAGGCAGGUCUAAGAGAAUGAUUAGUUUUAGAAGUUAACUGAAAUGCAUCUGACAGUCUAACAAUAGACGAAGGCUCUCAGUGCACGGCAAUGUGAAGCGUUGUAAUCACGUGGUCACACUUUUAAUAUGUUAGCCUUGAGACCGGGGCCCGCUGCUCUUACACUGCGCUCUAAAAGAGAGCAGCUCCUGAGAUCUCUGGGAGCCACACACAACUCAGUUCAUAGUCAUGUCUGACACAGAAGAUGUGAUGGAUGAGGGAGUUCAGGAGGAAGUAGAUGACUCAAAGUCCAAACCAAAAUAUCUAUCAAAUAUCCAAGCACCAAAAAUUCCAGAGGGAGAAAAAGUCGAUUUUGAUGACAUCCAAAAAAAGCGUCAGGAGAAGGAUUUAACAGAACUACAGUCUCUAAUAGAGGCUCAUUUCCUCCAGAGACAGAAAGACGAAGAGGAACUCAUUGCUCUGGUCAACAGAAUUGAGAAGAGACGAGCGGAGAGAGCCGAGCAACAGCGAGUGAGAGCAGAGAGAGAGAAAGAACGUCAGGCCAGACUCGCCGAAGAGAGAGAGAGGAAGGAGCAGGAAGAGCAGAGGAAGAAGCAGGAUGAAGAUGCCAAGAAGAAGAAAGCUCUUACUAACAUGACCCAUCAGUAUGGUGGCGUACAGCAAAAGGGUGAAGGACGCAAAGGCGCAAAGAAACAGACCGAAAGGGAGAAAAAGAAGAAGAUCCUGGCUGAUCGCCGAAAACCACUGAGCAUUGAUCAUCUGAGUGACGACAAACUCAAGGAUAAAGCCAGUGAAUUGUGGCAGUGGUUGAUGCAGCUGGAAGCAGAAAAGUACGAUCUAAACGAGAAACUGAAGCGCCAGAAAUACGAUAUAAAUCAGCUCCUUGCCCGCGUCCAGGAUCACCAGAGUGCCAAGGGACGCGGUAAAGGCAAGAUGGGAGGAAGACUGAGAUAGAUGUUGGCAGCACAUUUGAGAGGAAUCUCUGUCCUCCUGCAUUAGUUUUGUUUGAAGAUAUUUAAAAGCCAUUAUUCAGAACUUAAAGAAAUGCUCUGGCUGUACAAUUUUGCUUUGCAGUCGCUUGCUUAUUUUUGCCAUGAAUAAAUAAUAGCACUUGUUGCACUGUUAGCUUCAGUGUACUCAAUUUAUGUUUAUAUUAUUUAAACCAAAUAAAAAGAUUUAAUCUGUGAUUAUUAAAUUAUAUCAGCAACACAUUGUAUUAUUAUUAUUCAUAUGUAACAGUAAAUAUAGUUGCAGUGCACCAUACAAUGAACAAUGUUAUGUGUGGAAAUUAUAUGUGCAGAUAAAAACACCAACACUGAAUUAAACUACAUUAA